AGAAAACAUAUGCUAUUGAUAGUUAUUACAUACUAUUCCUUUUUAGCUUAGUUACAAUUGAAAGAAGAGAGAAAAAACAUCAUAGACACCAACCACCACCACCAUAACAACAACAACAACAACACACUCACACAAUUUCUUUACUCUCAGACAAAAAAAAAUCAAUAAUCAAUAAACGUCAGAACAAAUUACACAAAAGAGGAAAUAAACAUUUAAAAUUAUUAUAAAAAAAAAGAAUAUUAUAUCAUGUUGUGGAAUAUAUGAGUGCCAUCUUGAAGUUUGUUUAUUUUGAAUCUAUCCUGGCAACAAAAAACAAACAGACAAACAAACAAACGAAGAAACAGAGACGAAGGUAAUAGUGAAACUGUAAAAACAAACAAACAAAAAAGAUUUUUCUUCAACUUGUUUUGAUAUCAGCUUGUAGAAAAAACAAACAAAACAAAAGAAAUCAACAAAUUGGAUAGUUCAACUUAUUGAGAAAGAGAAUCAAUGUGGUAACAACAGUUAAAAUCAACCAAUUGAUUGUAUUAUAAACUUACAAAUGAUUAUCUUCUUUCAAGAACUAAUCCAUAUUCAAUUUUAUAAUCAUUUAAAAUGGAUGAAAAAAUGAAAGAACCCGAAGAUGACGGCGACCAAGAAGAAGAAGAAGAGAAAGAAAAAGACGAAAAAGAACAAAGAAUAGAACAAUCAAUGAAAUCUAAUUUAGAAUGUUCCAAUUCAAUUGAUAAAACUCAACAUAAUAUACUUGAUGAUUAUGAUUUAAGAGGAUUUAAACGUUAUUCAUAUUUAUUACAUCAUCAACCAAGUACAGAAACUGAUAGUUUUGAAAUGUUUCAAUCAGUUGGUUCUACAAAAUUUCUAGAAAAUUUAGAUGAUUUUAAACAUUCCACAAGUGGAAGUUGGAAAUCGGUUCUUUCAAGUUUUGAAGAUAUUGGCACCAAUCAUAAUAACUUUAGUAAUAAUAAUAAUAAUAAUAAUAAUAAUAAUAAUAAUAAUAAUCAUUAUCAUCAAAUCAUUGAAGUAUCUCCACAUUCAUUGAAACGUAUUGAGGCACAACCCAACUCUCCUUCUUCUUCUACGACGACGACGACUAGUACUACAAUGAAUGUUCCAUCUAAUCAACAAAUUCAAACUGAGGAUUUACAAACAUCCAAAGAACAAUCUGAUUGUUCAUUCAAAUCAAUAAACAAUACAUUAAUCGAUAAUAGUUCUAGUAUCAAUGAUCCUAAUGAACAACAUUGUCAUUUACAAUUAGAUAAUAAUAAUAAUAAUAAUAAUAAUAAUCAUGUAAUAAUGCAUAAAACUGAUUUAUUCGAUCAUGAAAUACGUAGAUUUGAAGUAAGAAAACAAUCAAGAUCAUCAAUUUUAUCAAAUAAUCAAUUUAGACGAACAAAAUUUCUUAAACAGAAAUAUUCUGACCCGAAUACCACUACGACUACUACUGCUACUACUACUACUACUACCACUACUACUACUACUACUACUACUACUUAUAAUAACAAUAGUAAUAGUAGUAUUAGUAAUCAUAAUGAUACAACAGAGAUGAUGCGUAACUCUUUAUACAAGUUAAAACGAACUGCUACAGAGCAUAUUACUAAUCGAUAUAAAUAUCAUGAUCGAAUGGAAUCCUCUUUAUUGCAUCACCAUCAUCAUCAUCAUCAUCAACAACAACAUCAUUCAAAUGAGAAUAGUAUUACUCCAGAUAAUACUAUAAUUAUACGUCGUAAAUCAACUAUUCAUUGUGUAUAUCCAAGACAUUAUAGUGAUACAAUGAGACAAGAUGAACAAUUCAAUUCUCAUACUAUAGACUAUUUAGAUAAGAAUGAUAAGAAUUCUAUACUUGGUAAUAGUAAUAGUAAUGGUAAUGGUAAUGGUAAUAGUACUAGUAAUCUCUAUGAAUAUGAUACUCAUUUAAAUGAAUAUAGAUUAAGUGAUAAUUUAAAAUCAUCAUUUGAAAAAGAAGAUGAAAUGAAAUCCGAUAAUUUAUUAGAACGUGAAGCUCAUAUUGGUGCAUUAGCAUUAGCAUGGGCAUCAGGUACGCAUAAACCAAAAAAAUCUCCAUAUGAUAAACAUACAUUAAGUAGAGAAACAUCAGAUAGAGUACAAGUGAAAUUACGACAAUAUAAUCAUACUACUACUAAUAAUAAUAAUAAUCAUAGUAAAUCAUCUAUAAUGAAUCCUGAAAAUUUUAAAUUCAAUGAUUAUACUACUAAUAGUAGUAAAAAGAAUAGAAUGACAUUAUCUACAUUACGUGAGCUUAGUACAUCAAUUUUUACUCCAUCAAAAAGGAAUUUGAUAACCAGUUUUACCCAUCAUCCAAACGUUACUCAUCGACAGAAAGCCCAUUAUUCACUUCAUGAAACUGAUAAUCUUGUUCACAGUAAUAGUACUUAUCGACCUAAUCAUGAUGGAAGUAAUAUUCGUACUAUCGCUAAUACUACUACUACUACUACUAUUACUACUACUCAAAAUAAUAAUAGUAGUAGUAAUAGUAACAAAACUGAUCAUCAUUUAAUACCUCAUAGUAUUAAACAAGCAAUUAUUAGAAAUACAGCAAAAAUUGCUAUCUCACCAAUAUUGAAUACAAAUGAAGAGAAUGAUAAUCAUUCAUAUAAUUCAAUAGAUCCAAUCUGUGAAUUAGAUCAAUUAGAACAAUUCAAUAGAAAAGAUGAUCAUCUACAUGAAUCGCAUUCUAUUGAACAAUCAACACAAUAUCGUCAACAACAGCAUCAACAGCAGCAACAACUACAACAAAGUGAAGAAUUACAUAAACUAAUCGAUAAUGAAUCACAACGAAUGAUCCAUAGUGAAAAAUCUUCAUUACAAUCUGAACAAUUAAAUGAGAUCAAUGAUAUAUUUGAAACGAAUAAUAAUAAUAAUAAUAAUAAUGAUGAAACAAAUAGACCAAUUGGUAUACGUGCUAAAAUACGUCGUAAUGCAGAAGAUUUACGUUCAUUAUAUGGUACUAGUGGUCCACUUGGUUCAGUUCAACCAACAAUGAAUUAUAAAACAUCAAAUCGUGGAAUUGGUUGGCGUUUACAUUGGCGUAAAAUAUUUAAUGAAAGACGUAGAAAAUUAGCUGAUUAUUCAUUAUUUUUUGCUGUAAUGGGUAUUCUAUUAAUGGUAUUUGAAUUAGAAAUGAUUAUGGCUAAAGUAUAUUUAAGGACAUCAAUCUAUUCUAUACUGGUAAAAUCAUUGAUCAGUGCAUCAACACUUAUUCUAGUUGGUCUUACACUAGUCUAUCAUGCUGUUGAUGUACAAUUAUUUUGUAUUAAUAAUUGUAUUGAAGAUUGGCGUAUAGCAAUGAAUUGUAGAAAAAUUUCAUUAACAUUAAUUGAAGUAUUUAUAUGUCUUGUACAUCCUCCACCAAUUCUAUCUAAUUACAAUAUAUAUUCAUAUAGAAAUUCAUAUUAUACUGCAUCAACAUUAAAAAGUUUUAAACAAUUUGAUGAUGUUCUGAAUGAUCAAGAACCCUUAUCCUCAUCAUCAUCAUCCAGUAUUCCAAUGAAUUCAUAUUAUAAUAGACCAAUAACUACAUCAAUCUAUGAUUCCAUAUUAGAUAAUCAUACACAAAGAUUAAAUGAUUAUUUACCAUUUUCAAGUGUACCAUUUAUAAAUGAUCAUCAUAAUGAAUAUCAUUAUGAUGAUAAACCUGUACCUAUGAUUAUUUUAGAACUGACUUUUUCAAUUCCAAUGUUUUUAAGAUUAUAUUUAAUAUUUCGUGUAUUAUUAUUACAUUCAACUAUGUUUACUGAUGCUGGUUCACGUAGUAUUGGUGCAUUGAAUCGUGUGAAAAUUAAUGUUAGAUUUGUAUUAAAAACAUUAGCUACAGUAUGUCCCGGUACUAUGUUAUUAAUAUUUAUAUUAUCUAUGUGGAUUGUAACAAGUUGGAUUAUGCGUGUAUGUGAAAGAGAACAAAAUAAAGAAUAUGAGAAACUUUUAAAUUCAAUGUGGUUAAUUGCUGUUACAUUUUUAAGUAUUGGCUAUGGUGAUAUGGUGCCAAAUACAAAUUGUGGCAGAGCAAUAUCUGUAUUAGCUGGUGUUAUGGGAUCUGCAUGUACAGCAUUGGUUGUUGCAGUGGUUGCACGUAAGCUAGAAUUAACAAGAGCUGAGAAACAUGUACACAAUUUUAUGCAAGAUAAUAAAUUCUACAAAAAUCUUCGACAUUCAGCUGCUAAUGUUUUACGUGAAACUUGGCUAUUUUACAAAUAUACAAGACUUGUCAAACGUGUUAAACCAGGUCGAGUAAGAAGGCAUCAAAGAAAAUUUUUAACAGCAAUAAGUAGAUUAAGAAAAGCAAAGGAUAAUCAACGUAAACUGAAAGAAGAUGCUAAUUCUAUGGUGGAUUUAGCUAAACUACAAACUAGCAUAUAUGAAACUGUAAAUCAUAUUCGAGCUGAUCAAACAAUUUUUGUUCAACGUUUGGUUGGCGUUGAAAAGUGCAUGACAUCAAUUCAGGUAAACAUUAAUAAUUCACUUGAUAUUGUUUUGCUUGUAUUCUCCUACUGAUGUUUAGGACUGCAAUUGAUCAGUCUCUUGUUGACAUAUGGGCAUCUUGUACGAAUUGCCUCGAUGUUACCUUAAGUCACAAACUUUACAAGUAAAAAUGGAUGGUGGCUAGUAGUGGAAUUCAAAACGUACGUUUCGUUCUAUUUGGGACUCGUCAGCUGGACGUAGCUGCAUCCCAGAGUUGAUAUUCACUCCUGGACUCGAACCCAAUACUGUUCGCUUUAGACACCAUCGCGUUAUCCACUUACCUACCAUGUCCUGAUAAUAUUCAAAAUUCUCAAAUUCUCUUCUCAUUAAAUAGAUAUUAAGAAUACGAAAUUAAGAAGAUUUAUCAAUAAUGUUCAAUGUAUGAUUAUAAAAUUAUUAUUCUUAAUGCAUAAAAUUUCAAUAGGAUUCGAACAUGAUGAAUUCAGCGUUUUCAUUGGUUGUAACAAGCUGUAAAUACUCAAUCCCUGUAAACCAAUCAAAGCACCGUGUAAAAUUAAAUCAUAUUCUGAUUGAUUGAUCGAAUCGACAUUAACACCAUGGGAUACCGACUCAGUGUUUUAAAGGUGAAGCGUUCGUGCGCGAGACCGAUAGGUCCUGGGU